AUGAAACGCAGAGCGUCUGGCCUGCAGGCUUCUGACCAUGGUGAUUGGCAGGAGGGUCCCUCCGCCUCGAUGUCCGUUGCCCCUUGCGCCCGCAUGGCAAAUCGGAGGGGUGCCCAGAAGAGGCAUGCUGCACUCUUGUCCGGCUCCCCCUGGGAAGGCGACUGCGCUGCCGCUGCGGCUACCCUGGCCCGCGGCCGAGCUGGAGAGGGCGGAAGUCGAGGUCGCGGCAGCCGCCGAGGCCGCGGCCGAGGCAGUCCGGAGGGCGUGACCAGCGGCAACCCAGACGGCGCGGCCGAUGACUCGAGCUCUAGCGAUUGA